AUGACUGGCAACCGUCAGUAUUUCAACAAGAUUGAUGAAACAAUUUCAGGGAAAGUACGAUUCGAAGAUGACUCAAGAAUCGAUAUCAAAGGCAAAGGAUCUAUACUCUUUCUCACUCAAAACGGAGAAAGGAAAAUCCUAGCCAAUGUAUACUUUAUACCGGAUCUAAGGAGUAUCAUCAUCAGUCUUCGGCAGGCUACUGAAUCAGGAUGCGAUGUAAGGAUGAGAUCAGACGUUCUUACACUUCAUGACAAGGAUGGAAAUCUGAUCAUAAGAGCAAUGAGAUCGAAGAAUCGCCUCUACAAAGUACUAAUGGAGAUAGAUGAAGCAUGUUGUCUGAAACUUAGAGGACAAGAUGAUUCCACAAGAUGGCAUGCAACGCUAGGUCACAUUGGAGUGGAUACGAUGAAAGCAAUGAUAGGGAAAGAACUUGUGACCGGCAUACCAAAGUUGAAAGUCGAAGAGAAACUUGUGAAUCAUGUUUGCUUGCAAAACGGAGUUGUAGAAAAAAAGGAAUCGAACGUUGUUAGAGAUGAUAGAAGCAUCUUGAAGCAUAUGGAAGUACCAAAUUAUCUUUGGGGAGAGGCUGUGAGACAUUCUACAUAUCUGAUCAUUCGUGUUGGGACGAAGACGUUGGCGAGUCAAACACCAUAUGAAGCAUACAAGGGAAGAAAGCUAAGCUUAGAGCACUUGAGAAUUUUCGGUUCUAUCGGAUAUACGAAAACAGAGGCGCCAAACUUGAAGAAAUUGGAUGAUAGAUCGCGAUCUCUUGUGCCUCUAGGAACAUAA